GGUGGGAACGUGGAUAAAUAACUCACUCUGUUGUCAUAGAAUCUACAAGUACUCGAAAUACACUUCCACGGGCCCAUUACAUAAAUUCUAUAUCGCGCGAAGUUGGAAUGCUGUCAAGCUGUUGCAUGCCGUUCAUUUUACAAAACCUCGAUUAAACGAACAAAACAAUGAUUGGGUUAAGAAAACGUGAUAGAUCUUUGUCAAAUGAUGGCAAAUCGGGAUCUUCUGCAUAUUCUGGAAAACGACUAAAGGUAGAAGACACCAGAGGGAAUGAGGCAGAGCAUAGAUCCUUAAAAACACAAGAAAUAAGAACUGCAGAGGACACUGAAAUUCUGCCAGGAGAAGAGGGGCUAUCGGAAUUUGAAAGAAGAAGACUUAAAAAUCUCAGAGACAAUGCAAAGUUCUUUGAAGAAAUGGGUAUUUUCAAAGCAAAAGAUGCUUUCAGAGAGUUGAGUGAAAAACCAAAGGUUAAACCUACAGAAAGAGGUCUGAAGAGGGGUGCUGUGAAGCCUGAGCCUCUGCCAAGAAGAGCACCUAGUUUGCGGUUACAGAAUAAAGAUCCAGCAGGAGAAGAAUUGCCAGAGAGGCCUACCAUUUUUGUGGAACCCACAGAAGAGCAUCCUCGCAAAGCAUCAGGACCUCUUACCAUGUGUGAAACAUUAAAGAAUGCAGAAGAAAAUACUGAAACCUCACACAAUAAUUUUUUGUCCUCCCUGAAGACACUUGGUGAGGGAAAAGAGAAAAAAAGUGUGAAAGUUGAAUCAUCCUUGGAAAACUUUCUAAAGGCAUGUAAACGCAUGAAACUUCACGAGGAUCGUGUAGCAAAAGUUGUCAAAGACAGAAUUUUCUCAGUAGCAGUCCAUCCUUCAGAGACGAGGGUAUUUGUUUGUGCAGGGGACAAAUGGGGGAAGAUUGGGCUCUGGGAUGUGGAAUCGAAGGAAGGGGAUGAUGGUGUAUUUCUGUAUGAGCCCCACAGUCGCCCAGUAAAUUGUAUGUUCUUUGACCCUAGCAAUGCCUCGCGACUGUACUCCUGCAGCUAUGAUGGAACUAUCAGAAGAUGUGACUUCAACAAAGCUGUGUUUGAUGAGCUCUAUGCCACACCAGAGGAGGACUCAAACAGGUGCUCUGGUUUUGAUUUCCUGGAUGCAAGCAAUUUAGUAGUGUCUCACAGUGAUGGGGAUGUUGGAUUGGUGGACAUAAGAACCAAAGGGUUAGCAGCAGAACACAUGUAUCAGUGUCACCGCAAGUCUGUGAAGACUAUAAAUGUCCACCCAGUGAAAAAGCAUUACUUUCUCACUGGAAGCACUGACGGGAAUGCUUGCAUAUGGGACAUAAGACAAAUGAAAGACAAGAAGCCAGUCAGUGUAGACACAUUGCCACAUGGUAGGAAUCUCAGCUCUGCCUUCUUUUCACCACAGACUGGGAAGUUUAUUGUGACAUGUUGCGUUGAUGACAGACUUAGAAUUUUUGAAGGCAGUACUCCAGGAGAAUACAAACAAAGAUGUUCAACAAGACACAACAAUCAUACUGGCCGUUGGUUGACUCCCUUCAGGUUUAUGUGGCACCCAAGUAGAGAAGAUGUGAUAGUAACGGGAAGCAUGGACAGGCCUAGAAGGAUUGAGCUGUUUGAUACAAGUGGCCAUUUGAUUCAUACUUUUACUGAUGGGGACUACCUUGGAUCUGUUUGUUCCAUUAAUGCAUUCCAUCCAACAAGAAACAUCCUAGUGGGAGCAAAUUCAAGUGGACGCCUGCAUGUGUUUAUGUAAAUUGUGCAAUAUGUCACAAUAGCAAAUGCAACAUAAUAUAUUUGAGGUGCCUUGUUUGCAAGAAGACACUUUUCCUUGCAUGUAAAAAUCACUUAACAGUUUUGUUCUCAUUUGAUUUUAGAGCUCACCAGUUUAGCCCAAUAUUUUGCUUUUUUGAGGUAGUUAUAAAAGUAAAUUAUAGGAAUGAAAGUUUUUUGUAAUUGGUAAAUAAAGGUAGGGUGAAGAAGGCUGUGUGCAUGGUGAGGAAGGCAUCAAAAGCUAAAUCAAAUUUGGUUUCAUAAACUAUUUCAAAUUACAUCAAGAAACUGCACCCUCUGUUAGUUAGGAUAAAAACUAAGACACUAAGAGAACUAUGUUAGGCAAAUAUUAUUUCAAAAACUUAUUUCAGCUCAAGUUCAGCAAUAGUUAUCUGUUUUAGAAAAUUGCUGCACAAGUUUUUUAAAAGUGCAAAGUUGGCACAAACAAGAACCAGUUUUAGAGAAGUAUAUUUAAAGUUACUUUAUAUUAUUCUAUGUUUUGACAAUUGAGUUCAUCGGGUUAGCCAAAUAUUAUAUUUUGCUUUUUUGAGGCAGUAAUUUAAAUACAUUAUUGGAAUGAAAAUGAUAAAGUUCUGUAAUUGGUAGAUAUACAUAGGGUGAAGACUAUGGAAAGCAUCAAAAGAGAGAUCAAAAUUGGUUCCAUAAACCAUUUUACAUCAAUAAACUGCACUCUCUCUUUAAGUUAUAGGAUAAAAAACUAUGGCCACAUUCACAACCAAAGUUGAUCUGUGGACUAACAGAUCCACAUAUCAAAUAUGGCCCAACCACUUGGAAGCCUACUGUGCAAAUCCUGUGGAAAAUCUAUUUGAUGUCUAUUAGGGGGCUUUAUGACAAGCUUUCAAGUGGGCCAGCCAUAUUUCCUCAUAAUAUUAUCUGUUAGUUCAUGAAUCGACUAGUGUUGAAUGCAACCAGUAAUACUAAUAGAAAUAUAAGUCUAUGUUAUGCAAACAUUAUUAAAAUUAUUUUGUAUUUAGUUCAACAAUAAUUAUCUGAUUUGAGAAAAAUGCUACACGAGCUCUUUAGAGGUGCCAGGUUGGCACAAACCUAUAAUCAGUUCUAGAGAAGCCUUUAAAAUUACAUAUAUAUAUAUUUCUAUGUUAUGGCAAUAAAUUUUUAACACUA